ACCAAUAGAAAGAAAAGACUAUGAGCUCAAAAUGUUGGUUCUUCCAAAUUGUUGACUGACCACUGACCACAGCGAACAAAAACUCCUCUCUUUGUCUUCGAUCUUAAACAAACUCCGAUCAUGGCAGCUCUCCACGGCGCCGUUCCCCAUCCCCAUUUUCUUCACUCUCUCUUCCGUUCUGAGUCUCAGAACUACCUUCUCCGCAAUAAUGGCGACAAGGUUGAGAUUGAGAUGCUAAAGGGAAAAACUCUUGGCUUGUACUUUUCAGCAGCUUGGUGUGGCCAAUCUCAAAGAUUCACCCCAUCUUUGGUGGAAGUGUAUAAUGAACUCUCUUCUAAAGCCAAUUUUGAGGUAAUUUUUGUGUCAGCUGAUGAUGAUGAGAAGUCUUUUAAAAAAUAUUUCUCUGAGAUGCCAUGGCUUGCUGUCCCAUUCUCGGAUUUAGAGAGAAGGGAUCAUUUGGAUAGCUUGUUCGAAGUGAGAGGAGUACCCCAACUCAUAAUCCUUGAUAAGAAUGGGAAACUUUCUACUGAUACUGGAGUCGAUUUCGUACAAGAAUUCGGGGCUGAGGGGUAUCCUUUUACGGUGGAUAAAAUCACUCAAUUGUUGAACCAAGAACUAGCAGCGAGAAGGAAUGAAUCCUUGAGAUCUAUCAUGGUCUCUUCCUCACGUGAUUUUGUAAUAACAUCUAAAGGAGAGAAAGUACCUGUGGCUGAGCUUGAAGGGAAGAUAAUAGGUCUUUAUUUUUUGUUGUCUUCAUAUGAACGAUGUAUAGCUUUUACACCAAAGCUUGUGGAUGCUUAUGAGAAACUGAAAGCGAAGGGGGAGAGAUUUGAAAUUGUGUUGAUAACCAUUGAUCAAGAUGAAGAAUUGUAUAAAGAAGCUUUAAGAAAAGUUCCUUGGUUUGCAUUACCAUUCAGAGAUAAUAGAUGUGAUAAGUUGAUUCGAUAUUUUGAGGUUUCGACACUACCCACCUUGGUUAUAAUUGGGCAAGAUGGAAAAACUCUUUACUCUAAUGUUGCUAAUGCUGUCGAUGAACACGGUUUUCUCCCGUAUCCAUUCACAAAAGAAAAGUUCGCAGAGCUUGCAGAGAUUGUAAAGGCAAAAGAGGAAGCUCAAACUCUCGAGUCGAUUUUAGUUCUGGGGGAGCAUAAUCAUGUCAUCAAGAAUGAUGAAACCAAGAUUCCGGUGUCGAACCUGGUGGGUAAGAACAUCCUCAUCUACAUCUCAGCAGAUUGGUGCCCACCAUGUCGUGUAUUUCUACCAAAACUCAUUGAAACAUAUCAUAAUGUAAAGAAGAAGGAUGACAAUCUGGAAGUGAUCUUCAUUUCCUGCGAUAGGGAUGAGUCAUCGUUCAAAAAUAUGUUCUCUAGAAUGCCAUGGUUGGCUGUUCCAUUUGAUGACCCAAGGAAAGCAUGGAUAAGGCGUAAAUUCAAGGUUCAAGUGGAAGGAAUGCCUGCACUUAUUUCUAUUGGAGAAGAUGGGCGGACCGCGACCAAUGAUGCUGUAGAACUUAUUUCAAAUUAUGGUGCUAAGGCUUUUCCAUUCAAUGCUGGUCGAAUUGAAGAGAUGAAGAUAGAAAUCGAGGUGAUGGCAAAGAAUUGGGUUCAGCAGGUGAAGCAUAUACUCCAUGAAGAACAUCCAAUUUCGCUUGUGUCUCGACGAGGGUAUGUAUGCGAUGGAUGCGAAAAGAAAGGACGUUUGUGGUCUUACUACUGCAAGGAGUGCGACUUUGAUCUCCAUCCCAGGUGUGCUUUGGAAAAGACCCCAGAAAACCAAGAUGAGAUGGAAGCAUGGAGUUGUUGUGGUUGAAGUUUACUCCUUCAUUCACACUUUCCCUAAACUUUUGUUUGUUCCAAGUACAAUCAUUUACGAUAGUUACAGAAAUUGGAUAUUGAACUCCUAUUUCUAAAUACUUUUUGUAAGCAGCAAAUAUGUCAAUGCUAAACUUAUUUUGACUUAGACAAUUAAACCUUGUGUAUACUUGGUUGUGUAUAUGUGUAUGUAUAUACUUAUUAUCUCUUUUGAGAUUCCACACCCUUCA